CUCCUCUCGCCCUUCCAUCCUCAGGCCCGCAGGCUGCUGGGGCCCAUAGUUGGGCUGCGGCCCAGCUGAGGCAGCGCGACCUCUGCGGGAUUCUGUCAAUCUUUAAGGACAAAUGUGCCUUAUAGCUCAUGGAAGAAAAAACUCAUAUCAAGACAUUUUGGGGUUCGAAGUUGCCAAAGUAUGGAACAAAAUCCAGAAGAAGUACACUGCAACCAAUGCCAAAUGGGACACCUGCCACCUUCUUAGACAUUUCCAAGAGUAGCAAUGUAAAAAGUUUCAUCAAAAACAGUGGCUCAGAUUGUGCGUUGUCUCGUUCAUUUAAUUGGAGAAAGGCACAUAGACACCAACUCAGUGAACAAAGUGCUGGGGAGCCUGAUACUCAGAAUUCACUUGAUAAAUUAAUUGAUUCUGAAAAACAUGCUCCUACCCAAGGAAUGUUUGAUAAAAGUAGGAUAAGAGGAAAUUUGAAAAGUGUUUCUGUCCUCACAUCCAAGGUAGCAAAGCCAUCCACUAUGUUUGUAUCAUCUACAGAGGAAUUAAAUGAGAAAUCUUUGUCUGGACCAUCAAAUUUGGGUAAAUUCACCAAAGGGACAUUAUUAGGAAGAACUUCCUAUUCUUCAAUCAGUGCUCCCAAAUCACAGUUGAAUGGAUUUUAUGGAACUCAAUCAGCUGGUAGCAUGCAAAGGCCUAGGGCAAACUCCUAUGUUACUAGCAGUUCUGGAGAAAGCUUAGCACAGUCCCCAGACAACAGUAAAUCUAUUGCUUGUGAAAAAAUGGUAAGGUCACAGUUUUCACAUUCCAUUCAGAAUUCCUUCCUUCUACCAUCAUCUAUCACCAGAUCACAUUCCUUCAACAGAACUGUAGAUCUUACUAAGCCUUAUCAGAACCAACCCCUACACAUUAGAGUGCCUCUACAGUCAAGCAUGCUAACAAGAAAUUCCCGACAAUCAGAAGUACUCAAUGGGAACGAACAUUUAAGGUAUGGAUAUAACAGGCCAUAUCCUGCUAGUGGAAAGAAGUUGACUUUAUCAAAUGGCUCUGGUAUAACUUCCACUUUGGGUUAUAGGAUGGUUCAUUCUUCCUUACCAUUUUCUGGGAGUAUCACAGUUGAUGGUAAUAAAAACACACCUGUUAACACGUGUGUAGAGGAAUGUGCUACAGAUUUGGCUAAUGAGAAAGCUACAAGGAAGGAACAAGAACUAAUUGAAAAUGAUAGUUACCGAACAGAAAAUGACCAGACCAUGAAGAAUGAUGCCAAAAUUAGAUAUCUGAAUGAUGAUGUGGAUGACAUUUCCUUGUCUUCUUUAUCAUCUUCUGAUAAGAAUGAUUUAAGUGAAGACUUUAGUGAUGAUUUUAUAGAUAUUGAAGACUCUAACAGAACUCAAGUAACUCCAGAGGAAGUUUCUCUCAAAGAAGAAAAGCAUGAACGGAUACCUCCAAAGGAUAUAUUGGAUUCCCCCACGGAAAAUGAAAAAUCUUUCAGUAAAACCAAUGAAUGGAUAGAUAUAAACAUAUCUGACAUGAGUGAAUGUACAAAGCACACUGCUGGGAAUAACUUGAUUUCACCAGACACAGAUUACAGAGCUGGUUCUUCCUUUGAACUCUCUCCAUCUGAUAGCUCUGAUGGAACAUACAUGUGGGACGAAGAAGGCUUGGAGCCCAUUGGAAAUGUGCAUCCUGUUGGAAGCUAUGAGUCCUCUGAGAUGAAUAGUAUAGAUAUUCUGAAUAAUCUUGAAUCAUGUGACCUUGAGGAUGAUGACCUUAUGCUUGAUGUGGAUCUUCCUGAAGACACACCUAUUGAAAAUGUGGAGUGUGACAAUAUGAACCGUUUUGACUGAUCAGAAAGAAAUGCUCGGCAGUCUCAGGAAGGAUUUUGGAAAAGGCCACUUCAGAGGUGGAGUGGACAGGAACACUACCACCUCUGUCAUCCUGACCACUAUCAUCACCGUGGAAAAAGUGACUUGAGCAGAGGCUCCCCUUACCGAGAAUCUCCUUUGGGCCAUUUUGAAAGCUAUGGGGGAACCUCCUUUUUCCAAGCUCAGAAGAUGUUUGUAGAUGUACCAGAAAAUACUGUGAUAUUGGAUGAAAUGACCCUCCGGCACAUGGUCCAAGAUUGCACUGCAGUAAAAACUCAGUUACUGAAACUGAAACGUUUGUUGCAUCAGCAUGAUGGA